AUGGUUAACGACGAUGAAAAUUUGGCACCAACGAUAAUAAGAGUGCCGUCACCGAAAUCACAAUUGAAGUCGAAUUCGUCCUCUUACAGUUGGAAUUUCGGUAAACUACCACGAAUACGUGCUGAACAGUUAUUAAUCGAUGAACUAGUUGGAACAUUUCUCAUACGAGAAAGUGAACACUAUCCAGGAGAUCUAACAUUAUCAAUAAAAGAUGAUGCCAAAAUUCAACAUUAUCGAGUGAAGCUCGACCCAAUCCGACAGACAUAUACAGUAGAUGAUGAAAUUUACUUUCCAGACCUUCGAUUACUUGUUGAGCAUUAUGAACUUGAUGCUGAUGGCUUGUGCUGUCGGUUAGAGAAAGCAUUAAAUAACAGAUUAGAUACAAUUGAUUCUAUAAAAAUUGGAGGAACAGUUCAACAACAUCCACCGCCAGUUGUUAUUGUCCCGUCUCAAACAUCAUCGACUAUUGAUUAUCGAGAACUUUACGUAGGAAAAUUGAUCGGAUCAGGAGAAUUCGCUGAAGUGUAUGAAGGUACCUACAGAAAAUCUCGUGUAGCCAUCAAAAUUCUCAAAGAACCGACUUCGGCUGCUCUGUUUCUUCAUGAAGCCGAUAUAAUGAGUGCGUUGAAACAUCCAAAUUUAGUCCAUUUCUUAGGUGUGGCGCAAAAACCGGACAAUAUUAUCUAUUUAGUAACAGAAUUUAUGGUCAAAGGGUCACUCCUCCAUUAUUUAACUACACGCGGUCGAUCGGUUAUAUCACAAAAAGAUCUUCUCGGAUUCUCUAUUGAUACAUGCGAAGGUUUAACGUAUUUAGAACAAAAUCAUAUUGUCCAUCGGGAUGUAGCUGCAAGCAACGUGCUUAUUGCCGACGAUAAUACAGCGAAAGUUGCUGAUUUUGGUUUGGCGAAAUUUGUCGAAAAUACAGGAAAAGAGAAUGGAAAUAAAGAUUCUAAUGGGAAUAUAAUCACCACAGAAAAAAUUAAAUGUCGAACUAAAUGGACAGCACCUGAAGCAUUGGAAUCUAAAAGAUACACUCAUAAAAGUGAUAUGUGGUCUUUUGGUAUUCUUCUUUGGGAAAUCUUUUCCUAUGGUCGAUGUCCUUAUCCACGUAUUUCGGCGAAUGAUGUUCUACUCAAUUUGAAACAAGGACAUCGAAUGGAGCCGCCCGAUGGUUGUCCACUUGAGAUAGCAGAUAUUAUGCGUCAGGCUUGGCACGCUGAUCCUGACCGUCGGCCAUCAUUUGCUCAAGUACUCGAACGACUUAAACGUUUAAAUUUUUCCACAAUGUCUUCCUGA